AUGAGGACAAGACCUGACGAGGACAACUACACGGCACGGCGGACGGUUCCUGUGCAGGACCACCCGCCACGUCGCCAUGCUUCACCCAUACCGGAGGAAGUCUACAAGCCUUGGAAGUUGCCUCAACAACAGGCCUAUGUCUUUGUCAACAUCAACGUCGUCGACACCAUCGCCGGCAAGAUCCAGCCCGGCCGCAUCGUGCGCAUCCAAGACGGCAGAAUCAAAUCCAUCACGCCCUCAUCUGAUGAGAACGACGAAUUAGGCCAACCAUGGUACGACCCUGGCCCCAACGACGACGCCAUCUAUAUCGACUCGGCAGGGAAAUACCUAUCCCCAGGCCUGAUCGACAACCACGUCCACCUCACCUCGGUCCCCGGCACGCCCGACCUGCAGUCCGCCAUGGGCACCCCCGGACCAGUCUCGGCCCUGAGGCAGCCCUACCAGUGCAAAGCGAUGCUGGAACGCGGCUUCACAUCCGUCCGGGACUGUGGUGGCGCAAGCCUCGCGCUCAAGGAGGCCAUCGCGGAGGGGGUGUUCCCGGGCCCCCGGCUCUUCAUCGCGGGUCACGCCCUAAGCCAGACGGGCGGGCACGGCGACCGGCGAGGGGCGCACGAGGGUGAUGGUGCAGUGGGGUGCUGUGGCGGCGGCGGCGGCGAGCUGGACGGUGGACUGAGUGUGGUUGUCGACGGCGUGCCGGGCGUCCUGGCCGCUGCACGAACACAACUCCGACGCGGCGCCGACUUCAUAAAGUUCAUGGCAGGCGGCGGCGUAGCCUCCCCCACAGACCCCCUGGGAAGCAUCCAAUUCACCCCAGAAGAGAUGCGCGCCAUCACCACCGCCGCCUCCGACGCAGGGACCUUCGCCACCGCACACGCCUACACCCCCGGCGCCGUCCGCCGCGCAGUCGAGGCCGGCGCCCGCGGCAUCGAGCACGGCAACCUGAUGGACAGCGCCACGGCGCGGCUGCUCGCCGACAGCAGAGUCUACCUCACACCCACCCUGGUCACGUACGCGGCGAUGGCGGACCCAAAGUACGCCGGGUUCCUCCCCGGGGCCAACCGGGCCAAGAACGCCGAGGUGCUGGAGCGAGGGCUCGAGUCGGUGCGGCUGGCGCACGAGGCCGGCGUGAGGAUGUGCCUCGGGAGCGACCUGCUGUCGUUCCUGGGCGCGGAGCAGCUCGGGGAGUUUGGCCUGCGGGCGAGGGUCUUGGGCUCCGACGAGGUCCUGCGGCAUGCCACCGUCAACCCGGCGCGGAUGCUGGGGCAGGAGGACAAGUUGGGCCAGGUCAGGGAGGGGUUUGUGGCGGAUCUCCUGGUUCUGAAUCGGAACCCGCUCGAGGACGUGACGAUUUUCGAGAAGCCGGAGAAGCAUUUGCUCGGGGUGAUCAAGGAGGGCAGGGUGUAUGCGAGUAGGUGGUCGAAACUGCCUGUAGAUGUCGAGCCGAGGAAGACGCUGCUUGAGUGA